AUGACGACGGCUACUUAUAAAGUUGCUGUUCUUACUUCAUCACAGAACCACAAUGCCAAGCCCACGUUUGAGAUCAAGCAACUCUCAAGGCCUGUCCCCGGUCCAAAUGAAGUCCUCAUCCGCCUUUCGCUCACCAGUCUAUGCGGCUCUGAUCUAGGCAUGGCUCUGGGUCAUAUGGGACCCGUGGGGAAGAUCCUCGGUCAUGAGGGCGUUGGCAAGGUCGCAGAGCUUGGCUCCAAUAUUGCUAACUUGGAUCCCAGCGUUCAAAUUGGCCAGAGAGUCGGAAUAGCGUGGAUCAGAGAUAUUUGUGGAACCUGCAACAUGUGCGCUGAUAUUGCUAACGAGGGCGAGACGCGAUGCGUUGAGGCUUUGCACUCUGCCAAAGCAUAUGACGGCACUUUUGCUGAAUAUACUCUUGUGCCGCUGCGUUACCUGGCGCGUAUCCCAUCAACCUUUGAUGAUAUUCCCGACGAAGAGAUCGCGCCUAUUCUUUGCGGAGGUGUCACAGCUUACAAGGCUAUCAAGAACUGCAACCUCACGCCAGGCCAAUGGGUUGUCAUCUCCGGCGCAGGUGGCGGUGUAGGAGCUCUAGGUGUUGCGUAUGCUCACGCAAUGGGCUAUCGAGUCAUUGCUGUUGACGCAGGUCCUGGGAAAGAAGAAUACUGCAAGGCUCAGGGCGCUGAACAUUAUGUUGAUGCUUUGUCUGGUGUAGAUCCAGGAAAGCAAGUCAAGGAUCUGACGGAUGGUCAAGGAGCUAAGGCCGUCGUCGUCACCGCCACUGCUGCUGCUGCGUAUCAGAAGGCGUUCGACAUGCUGGGACCUUUCGGCACAUUGAUGUGCGUGUCGAUUCUACCAGAAGAGGCCAAGAUUUCCUUCCACCCACUCUGGUUCAUUGAUAAUGGCUGGACUGUGAAAGGCUCGGCAGUGGGGACUAGGGCUGAUAUCCUUGAGGCUUUGCAAUUUGUCAAGCGAAGACUUGUUAUCCCCAAGAUCAAGUGGGCCAACCUCGAAGAUAUUGAGGAUCUGAUGGAGCAGAUGUCUAAAGGACAGUUGGAGGGAAAGUAUGUUAUGAAGCUGUAG